AUGAGCGAAUCCCACUCGCGAACAACAUUUGAUCCUCCGGAUCAUUCAAUGAGCGACUCAUCAGGCAAUCGGCGGCCUUCAUACGCGAACGUAGCUGCGGGAAUUGCGAAUACUAGGAGCGCGGAUUCCGCCGGCAGACCAAGCUCAAGGACCGCUACUUCGGCAAGAGAGGACACGAUGAAUUCUUCGAGAAGCAGUGUACAUGCGUCGGCGGGCGAUAGCAACGACAGGAGGUCAGGACAGAAUGCUGGACCCGGCGCAACAGGCGCGAGUUGGGCGAACGAUUCAAUGCGAUAUGCCUCCGAUCGGCUGGGUUGCUCAGCACACGAGGACUAUCCUGCGUUCUUCAUACCUUCAUAUCUGAAGACGUCACGGCAUGUGCAAAGGUUACGACAGGCAUAUAAAGAGCACGUGGCAGAGCUACAAGAACAUGCGAGUAGAAUGCAUGCCGCUAAGACAGCUUCGCUUUCGACAAGCUCCAGCAACACGAAUCUGAACAAGACGCCGCCGGUACAUACACAUCGAGGAGUCGUGCAAGAUGUGAUCGAAAGACAGCCGCCGCCGUCAGCCGACGAUAUCAUAUACCACCCCUUGCCGAGCAGAUGGUCGGAGGAAGACAAGAUGAGUGGAUUGGAGAUCAUGGCAGACGGGACGGAAGUACGGUUCAACGGCGUGACAAAGACAUCAGACGAAGCAGCUGCCGUCAGGAGUGACUGUCCCAUGCCCAAGGAAUGCGGGAUCUUCUACUUUGAAGUCACCAUAUUGUCAAGAGGAAAGGACGGCCUCAUUGGUAUCGGAUUCUCGUCGAGGAAAGCGAACCUAAACCGACUACCUGGGUGGGAGACAGAGUCAUGGGCAUACCAUGGUGAUGACGGCUUCGUGUUCGCGUGCACGGCGAGUGGGAAGGCCUACGGACCACGGUUCGCGGCGCAAGAUGUGAUCGGCUGUGGCGUGAAUUUCAGAACUGGAAACGCCUUCUUCACAAAGAAUGGAAACUAUCUGGGUACGUCACUAGUCUGUUUCACGGUCGAUUGUUGCUAACAGAUCACCAGGAGUCGCCUUCAACCAAGUCAAGGUCCACCAUCUCUUCCCUUCUGUCGGCAUGAAAAAGCCAGGCGAGCAUCUCCGCAUCAACUUUGGCAAGACCCCCUUUGUCUUUGAUAUCGACAGCAUGGUAGAGCAGGAAAGACAAAGCAUCUUCGACGACAUCAGCAGAGCGAGCGUCGCAUCACUACACGAGCCUGACGAUGAGAACGCUCUGGUGCACAAUCUGAUAGCACAGUACCUCGCGCACGAAGGCUACGUUGAGACUGCGAAGGCCUUCUCUCGAGAUGUGCAAGAGAAGCAAGAAGCCUUCGUUGACCAAUCACGAUCAUCACACGCGAACAACGAAGAUGACGAUGUUCACGCUGUCAACAGGCAAAGAAUACGAAAGAGCAUAUUAGAUGGUGAUAUUGACCGCGCCCUGAAGUAUACCAACACCUACUAUCCGCGUCUGUUCGAUAACGCCAGGAAUAAGGACGCAUAUUUCAGAUUGCGAUGUCGGAAAUUCAUCGAGCUCAUGCGGUUACAUGGAGAACUUCAAACCGCAGCCUCAUCCCCCAUGGCUGUCACUAAAUCUGUCGACUCAUUGGCCAGCAAUGGCCGUGCGGGCGACGACACGGAUGGCGAUGAACCGGACACUCAAAUGGAAUUGGACGAUCAACUGCAUCGCGAAACGUCGAAAAGUCUAGAGCCUCCAGCGACGGAUGAUGUCGACAUGGACUCCUCUCAAGAACUGCCGCCAAAGCGACAGUAUAUGAAGGCGGAUCAACUAAUAGCCAUGGCACUUCAAUAUGGUCAGCAACUCAAGGAAGAAUUUGGCAAGGACCCGCGGCCCGCAGUGCAGAAGCACCUCUCUGACAUCUUCGCCCUCUUGGCGUAUGGCAAUGUCUCGACGAGCCCCGUCUCACAUUUGUUUGAUCUCCGGGGUAGGGUCGAGAUCGCGGAGGAAGUGAACGGGGCAAUACUGGGUGAGCAACAAUGAGAUGACACGACAUUUUCCACGGCUGCUGCUAACUUUUCUUCAGUCUCCCUCGGCAAGCCGUCAUCAGCGGCGCUAGAGACAUUGUGCGCGCAAACAGAAGCACUCCUCGACGAAACCGCGAGCAGAAACACGGGUGGUGGCGCUGCAGCACUAAUUAACGUUCGACACGAUUUUCUUCAGGACUAG